UCCUGGAAGUAAAGGGUGGUUGCUGGGUGCUGAGGAGCAACUGCCACAACUGACACAUGAGCAGUGCAGGCUGCCACCUCUGAGGCUGCUGGGUGCUGCUCUGCUUCCAGUGUUCUCCACGUGUUCCCAAGAAGAUCACAAAAUGAAUGAAUCUCUGGGGAUGGUGACCUUUGAGGACGUGACUGUGAACAUCACCUGGGAGGAGUGGCAGGACCUGGACGACGCUCAGAGGACCCUCUACAGGGACGUGAUGCUGGAGACCUACGGGAGCCUGGUGUUCCUGGCAGGGCAUUGUGUUAUGAAGCCUGAGCUGAUGAUCAGAAUGCAGCAAGGAGCAGAGCCAUGGACUGGGGAAGGACCCCCAGAUCGGACCCUGUCAGGAGCCCAGAUGAGGCCGCACCCCCUUGUGACUCCCCAGGACAUUCAGGGCAAACAUUGGUGUAACUUUGUUUUUACCAGCCACAAAACAGCAACAAGCGAAAGAAUCAACUGGAGAAAACCAUUGAGUUUAAGCUCAACCCAUUCUUUGGAAAGAAAUCAUCGAAAUUAUUCAGGAAGGAUGCCUGAGGACAGCAAUGGUAUGUGUGAGAUUGUAUUUCCCCUUGGUGAACCUGGUGAGGAGCCUGAUGGAGACACAGCAGGGGACUGUCACCUCUGUGGGCAACUGGCCCACUGUCCUGAUCAUCCUAAUGGUCAACAGAUGAUUCAAACAUUUCAGCAGCCUCCUGAACUCUGUGGGCAAGAGAAAGCCUUGAACAAGGGGUCAGCAGUCUUUGCACGUAACACAGCUGUUUUGGGAGGAGCUCCCCAUAAAAAUAAUGAAUAUAGGAAAUCCUUUAAGAACCUUGCUUUUACUGUCACUGAGACAACUCACACUGGAGAGUCCAAAUACCGAUGUGACAAAGGGUGUGAAAUCAUUGAAAAACCAACACAAUUACUUCCUGAUCGUGAUGUUGACGGUGAACACAGUAUAUUUAAUCAAAAUGGGGAUAUUUUCAGUAGGGAAUUGCACAUUACUCAGAAUCAGAGGACUGGGGUAGAGAAAAAGUUUGAAGAUACUAUAUGUAGAAAAAGUCCCUGCAAAAUAUCUGUCCUCACUAAACAUCAGAGCAUAGAAAUAGGGGCAAAAUCUUCUGAGUGUUUGAAAACCUGUAAGAAAUCAGUACUCAGUAGACAUGAAAGAACUCUCACAGGAGAGAAACCCUAUGAAUGUACGGAAUGUGGAAAAGCUUUCUCCAAGAAAUCAUCACUCACUACACAUCAGAGAAUUCACACAGGCGAGAAACCCUAUGUAUGUGAAACGUGCAGGAAGUCUUUCUCCCAGAAGUCACACCUCUCUCGACAUCAAAGAAUUCACACAGGAGAAAAACCCUAUGAAUGUGAACAAUGUAGGGAAUCUUUUAGAACUAAGGUUUGUCUGAUUAAGCAUCAGGAAAUUCACAGAGGAGAAAAAUCCUAUAAAUGUAAGGAAUGUGGGAAAUCUUUCUACCAGAAAUCAGCACUGACUAAUCAUCACAGCAUACACACUGGAGAGACAUCUCAACAGCAAAGAAUUCACACAGGAGAAAAACCCUAUGAAUGUGAACAAUGUAAGAAGUCUUUUGGAAAUAAGUGUUCUCUCACCAAUCAUCAGAGAAUUCAUACAGGAGAGAAACCCUAUGAAUGUAAAGAAUGUGGGAAAUCUUUCUGCUGGCUAUCAAAUUUCUCUCUUCAUCAGAGAAGUCACACCGGAGAGAGACCCUACCAAUGUAAAGAAUGUAGAAAAUCUUUCUCCCAGAAAACACACCUCUCUCAACAUAAGGCAACUCACACAGGUGAAAAACCCUAUGCAUGUGAAACAUGCUCGAAGUCUUUCUCCCAGAAGUCACACCUCUCUCGACAUCGAAGAAUUCACACAGGAGUGAAACCCUAUGAAUGUGAAGAGUGUAAGAAAUCUUUCUACCAGAAGUCAAACCUCACUGCACACCAGCGAACUCACACAGGAGAGAAACCCCAUGAAAAUAAGGAUUGUAGGAAAUCUUUCAAGCACAAGUGAUAUCUCACUGACCUUCAGAGGUCACCCGGGAUAGAAACUGGAUGAUUCCCCAGCGACUGGUAUGCAAUUGUCAUUGUGGUAGCAGUGGUGGCCUAGGGUAGAAAAGUUGAGUAUUUGAGUAAUGCUCUUUCUUUUUUCUUUAAAAAAGAAACUAGCUGUAUGAAAGUAAAGAAUAGG